AACAAGACAACAAUCUCUGACGUCAUUGUUCAUGUUGUUUGAGUGUUUGAGUCAUCUUCUAAGCUAGAGUUGCAUUCCAGAUUCCAGUGCAAAGUUCCAGUUUAUAGGCCACACACAAGCGCGAAGAUAAAAAUUUGUGUCAGUUACCAGUUACUACCCAUUAUCGUUAAACAUGUCGUCACAAUUGGAUAAACAUCUCUUUAACCUAAAGUUUGCUGUGAAGGAGUUAGAGCGCAACUCAAAAAAAUGCGAGAAAGAAGAAGCCAAAGAGAAAGCGAAGAUGAAGAAGGCUAUCCAAAAAGGAAACAAUGAAGUUGCUAGAAUUCAUGCCGAAAAUGCUAUACGCCAGAAAAAUCAGUCUGUGAAUUAUCUUCGAAUGAGUGCUCGUGUUGAUGCUGUUGCCAGUAGAGUCCAAACUGCAGUGACUACCAGCAAGGUUACAAAUUCUAUGGGAGGUGUGGUGAAAGCCAUGGAUGCUGCUAUGAAGUCUAUGAAUUUAGAGAAGAUAUCAAAUCUUAUGGACAAGUUUGAAUCACAAUUCGAAGAUCUGGAUGUCCAGAGCUCAUACAUGGAGAACACUAUGUCGCAGACCACAACGACUAAUGUUCCCCAAGCAGAUGUAGACCAGUUGAUGCAGCAAGUUGCAGAUGAAGCAGGCUUGGAUUUGAACAUGGAGUUGCCCCAAGGACAGACUGGCUCUAUUGGCACAUCAACUCAGGUUUCCCAGGAGCAAGACGAGCUCACACAACGGCUAUCCCGAUUGAGGCAAAUGUGAUAAAUCUUGCGCGCUCUUCAUUUUAUCCAUCUAUUAAGCUUGCCUAGAGUAUGGCUUUCAUAAAUUCUUAAUUUGUUUAUAAUAUUUUCAUUUGUUUCUGCUAUAAAUAAAUACUAUGCUCAAAAAUUAA